AUGCUCUCUCGGUGGAAUCUUUAUCUUCUCCUGCUCUUCUUGCUUCUCUCACUUCAUGUCAUAGCCUUCACAGGAGAAAAUGUCAAGGAUACACAAGAGCCAGACACUGACUCAACAGUGUUGAGCCUCACACAGCCCCCACAGAGACUUCAGGGACCUGGUUUAGCACUGGGGAAUCCCAUGUUUGGGACUGAGAAUGUUGGCUUCCUGGGUCUACCUGUGGCUUCACCCUUAUCGUCAUCAGAGGAAUCAGAUAGACAAGGUGUGAUUGGUGAAUACGAUGAUUCACAGGAGAGCACUGAGACAUCUCUUUUGUAUCCUCAAGAGAAGGGACUUAUCAUAUCCAGACCCAGCGACACAGAGGAUACCACUAAGGAGAGUAUAUCACCAUCAUCAGGAGGACCUCGAUCUACCCAGGAACAAACAUUAAAGUAUCAGCCAGCUGACACAAGAACAGGAUCUGUUUUGAAUUCUGCACAGACUGGAGAGAAUCAGCAAACUUUCCAAGCCUCUCACAAUGAGACGACUGACAGCCAGUUACCUUUCCUUCUGUUUGGCGCACUUCCAUCAGACCAGGACUCCACUGCACCGGUGUCUGCUGGUCCUGGGCCCAGUCCUGAGAGCCCCACUCUGUCAGCAGCCAGUUGGGGAUGGACCGCAGGCCCUUCUGUUAUCCCACAAGAGGUGACUGUCCCGGUGAAAGAAACUGGGGGUGGAUUGAACGAUAUUACGAAUCGUAUUUUGCACAGAGGAGCUGUCAGCAUGGAUGCCGAUAAAGAUGACUCCAAGGAUGAUGGCCUGCAACUCUCAAAGACCAGUGCCACACUCUUGCUUGAUGGCGUCACAAACACAUCUGCCACAACCUGCAAAGCAUCAAACCAGUCCUGGACCCCCACCUACCCAAAUGAUUAUACCCCAAAUGAGUCCCUGCGCCCUUCUCUGGCUCUCAGCGCUGCCCUUUUUGUCCCCCUGUACUCGGACUGGAACUCUGCCCUCGCCACAUGGGGAUUUGCAUGGGAAGCACAUGUCUAUGGCCUGGGGUCUGUCUUUACUGUAUUUGGCCUAAUCUCUGUGGUCUGCCUUCUAGGCCUGCCCCUGCGCUGUCCCCCAGGAAGCCCGUACUUCACCCUGCUGCACUUGUUCCUCCUAGCAUUUGCAGGGAUCCAAGCUUUCUGUUUGCUCUAUGACGCUUACAAUUACCAAGAUCUUCUUCCCCCUCUGGGCUCUCUGCUGCUCUCUGAGCUACCCUUCCCCUGUUUGAUCUCAGCCUUCUCCCUCGCCUUCCUCCUUCUCUCCUUGCGUUCACGCAUGCAUCUUUCACUCCCACUUGCCAAAUCCACCUUGUUCUCAGCCUUACCCAAGCCUUGCCUGUUACUGUGUUUGUCCCUGUUGUAUUCUGGCGUCUCUCUUGGGUGUGUUGGCAUGCUCCAGCUCUUCCACAGCCUCCCCUCCGUGAUCCUGCUAUUCCCUCAGGGUGUGUUUGUGUGUCUCACCAUCUUUCUCUCAUGCUCCUACCUCAUCUUCUACUGCUUAAUGCAAUUCAACACAAAACACAUCUACAGGCUGAAUGACAAUGGAGAGAGUGGAGGAUCACCUGAGGUGAUGCGAGCUGCAAGAUGCCCCUUUGCUAAAGUGGAGGACUGGGGUAGGGCAGCAGGAGCUGGAGUAGGAGCUUCAUUGUGUUUGUUAGGAUGUGGAGGCCUUCAGCUUUAUGGGAUCCUGCAUGCCCUUGGUUUGGGUGGGGUGGAUGGCUAUGGGUUCCAGCCCUGGCCCUGGUGGGGUUUCCAGGUAGGCUGCAGGCUCUGUGAGGUUGGUGUGUGUCUAGGUUUGUCUCUCAUUGGUACACACCCUUUAUGCUGUCAAAACAACUCCUCUAUCAAGACCAUAACUCAUCCUCGGCCUGGAUCUUGGUCCCGCCUCUCCUGUAGCUCCCCUUCACGAGGGCUCACCCUGCCCUCUCAGGGAGGUGCAGAGUCUUCUGUCCUCUCUUCUCAUGAUUCUUGGUCCCAGGGUAAGCAGGAAAAGCUGGUGGUCUGUGAUGUUACUAUGAAGGGGCAAUCGGAGGCCCUUCCUCUUUUCUCAAUGGUGGAUCCUCCUGGAAAUGGGAAAGACUGUGUCCCCAAGGCAAGCCAAACCCAGAGCACUGUACUACCUCUACCUACACCCCCAAGUCCACCACACAAGCCUAAAAAUGCAGCAGAGUCUCAGCUAUCAUCACUAGACAGCCUAGGCCUGGAGACUGACUCUACUGUGGAUCUGCGGCCCCCAUCUCCAAUAGACUUGUCACGCAGCAUUGACCAGGCUCUUUUCAAUGAGUCCCUAUUCUCUCACAGUAUCUUUGGUUUGCCUAGACUCUUCCAUGCUUCCUCCAGCCACUCUUUGAGCUCUCCUAACCAAGAUGCAUCAAAGCAAGGGCCCAGCUCUGUGGAAAAUGCCCUAUACCGUACCUCUUCCUGUGGUGAUGUGGAUCAAGAGAACGCCUUGUCCAGUUCAAGACCUUCCCAACCACAUAGUUCUUUGACAUCUUACAACAAGCAACCAAUGUCACCAGAGCAGUGGGAUUGGAAAGAGAGCGUCUCUGGUUCAACCCAGGGUCUUUGCAGCAAUCCCAAGGAAACAGGAAAGUUGCGCUCACAUUCUUGGGCUAACAGAGGUCAAAACUUUGCACAGAGUAGCCUCCCACGAGCAAUCCCUCACCUGUCUUACCACAGGCGCUACCGAACCCUGAGCUUAGCCUCCCAGGACAGUCAUGGAUCCAGCCGGCUGGCAGGGACGAAACACCUGAGUGAAAGCAAACAGCUGGAAUGGGAUAUGGCCGUACAGGCAGAGUUUGUCAAUGUGUGCAGACAAAUUGACACUCUGAGUGUUUGCAGUGACACCAUUGAAUUGUAG